AUGGAAAGCCCAGCGGUGGCUUUGUCUUUCGCGAACAACUUCUGGGGUAAGGAAGAUGCCGGCGUUGGACCCCUUCUCGAUCGUAUGGCUGCAGCCAAGCAAACUUGCGAUGAAUUGAAAGCAUUUUAUAGUGCUCGCGCCUCUAUCGAAGACGAAUACGCUCGGAAGCUACUGUCUCUGUGUCGCAAAUCACUAGGCUCUCAGGAGAUGGGAAGCCUCAAGAACUCCCUGGACACUGUUAGGGGAGAAGUAGAAUCAAUGGGGAAGCAGCACCAAAAUAUCGCUGCUCAGAUGAAGACCGAGCUAGAGGAACCGCUGGCCGCCUUUGCUGGCGCAAUGAAGGAAAGGCGCAAGAUUGUCCAGAAUGGUAUCGAAAAGAUUCUCAAGACCAAGAUACAGCAGACGCAGCAUGUCAACAAGACUCGGGAUCGCUUUGAGCAAGAAUGCCUCAAAAUCAAAGGUUACCUGGCACAAGGCCACAUGGUCAUGGGCCAGGAAGAGCGAAAAAAUAAGGCAAAGCUGGAAAAAACGCAGAUUAGCGUUGCGACAUCCAACACAGAGUAUGAGAACGCAGUGAAGGCCCUCGAGGAUACCACGGUGCGCUGGAAUCGCGAGUGGAAAGCCGCCGCAGACAAGUUCCAGGAUCUGGAAGAAGAACGGCUGGAUUUUACCAAGAGCAGUCUAUGGACUUUUGCCAACGUCUCCUCUACGGUCUGUGUCAGCGACGAUGCGUCAUGCGAAAAGAUUCGUCUGUCUUUGGAAAAGAUGGAUGUUGAGACUGACAUCGUCGGCUUCAUCAAGGAACGGGGGACAGGGCAAGAGAUUCCAGAUCCGCCAAAGUAUAUCAAUUUCUGCCGGGGUGAUGUCAACGAUACUCAGUCAGAAACAUCUGACGACGACAACUAUUCUGUCGCGCAAUUUCCGAGAAGCAUCAACCCAGCCUUUCGCACUUCGUCGCCGCAGCCGUCAACCUACGAAUCGCACCAUGAUCCAAACUCCAGUCUUGCUCAGGAUCUGGGCCACAAAGAGCCUGCGCCUGCAGCAACUAGAACGAUCGCCAUGGACGCUGGACGAAAAGAAGGGAACUCAUCUUCGUCGAGGCACAUGGCACAGGACAUGUUGCGAAAGACAAGUCCCCCUUCUAGGAGCUUUGCGUCGGAUCUGGACCACAAGGAUUUAAAUCCUAUCCCGAAAACCUUUUUGUCAGACCUUGGGCAUAAAGAAGUCGGCUCUUCAUCUCGAGGCUUCAUAACAGACAUGAGCCACCGGGAAGCAACGAGCUCUUCAUCAAGAGGCUUUCCGUCAGAUGUUGGACCCAAAGACCCUAUUCUUGCUCCCCGGAGUCUUGGGCAAGACUAUGGGCUCAAAGAUGCCGGCGCGUCUGAGAGGAGCCACACUCAGGAAAUCUCACUGGCUAGGGAGAUCAUGCCUCCCGUUGCCCGGGAAGCCCCUAGCCUCUCCCAGAGAAUGCCACCACAGCUUGAGAAGCAACGACAAGUGGCGCCAGUCCCGCCGGCAUCUCAGCAGCAGAGCCGUCUCCCUCUCGAUAUCAAUCAGCACGGUACUUUUGCUUCAAUUCCCCACGACCCAUACCCUCUCGAUGGCAUGACAAUGCUAUGUCGAAAAGGACCUCCAUCGGAACGCAGCUCGCAUCCUGCGUCGGCAAGACCGUCCAGCCGCGAUUCUCAAAGUGACUACUCCAACCCAACCUCGCUCUCUAGUCAGGAGCCCCCGAGCGGUAAGGUCUCGCCGAUCAAGCACGAACCGGUUAGCGUACCCGCAUCAGUACCGGCUCAAGCACAAGCACCGUCACCGGCCUCGGCAACGGCGGAAAAACAGGUCCUCAAGAAGAAAAGUGGUUUCUUUCAGAACCACAGCCCGUUCCGUCGCAAAAGCACCAAGGAAGUUCAGGGCACUACCACAAACAGAAACACUUGGCAUCCUGUAUCUACGCAAGGAAGCCCCUCACGUCGACCACAGGUAUACACGCAAGACGCCCCGAGUCUGUUGGCGGGCAGAUCAACGAUAAGUCCUGAGCCGAUUGACGCCAAUGCCAGUCUGGCGUUGAACGUCGGACAAAAUGUAUUCUCUGUUACGACGCCGGACCUCGAGAAAAGAAAAGGAUCAAAUACACCGAGCGCACAGCCUGAAACGGAUCCUAUUGCGCUGGCCCUCGCCGAACUCAAGGGCGUUGGUGUAGGCAAGCAGUCUAGCAUCCGUGUCUCGGCAGACCGCUACCACGGCAUUGCAACACCCACUCCUGGCUCGCAGCCGUUUUCUCGAUCGGUGCCGCCAGCUGCAACCAAUGCCGCUGUCACAGCAGGGCUUCGAGGAACGCCCCCUCCUUCUUACGACCAACAAGUGGUACAGAGACUUGGGGUUCCGCCCCAGGCCGUGACGGCCAAGGCAAUGAAGGAAACGUCUCAGAAGUUCGCCGACCAGACUCGCAGCAUGUUCAACCCGGCGAAUCGGCCUGGAUCGGGAGGAUAUGCGGGCUCAUCUAGUCCUCGGCCCAUGACCAGGGGUAGUGACGUUCCACGAGCAGCAUCUCCAGCGCCACUUCGCAGUGCUUCCCCUAGGGCGCCGGCGACAGAUGACUCGCGAAGUGGGCACAGGAGCUCCCCGCGCAGUGCGUCUCCGAGGGUCGCGCCAGCAGACGAUACUAGGAGUAGCUAUAGGUCGGCGUCGCCUAAUCCGCACAGCUCUCUCGGUAGAGGCUCGUCGCAAAUGAGCAGUGGUGCGCCUAGACGAGGCUCGGAGCAAUCGUUUCACCGCCAAAACUCGCCGAGCAACAUGUCACGAACAGCUUCGCCGGCACCAUUCAGGGAGCAAAUGCGACCAAGCAGUAGUCAUGUCAGCAACGAUAUGGCAGUUCAGCUUGCUCCUGUGGGUGAUGAUAGCUAUGGUUCGGUUCGUGGCCGAGGCGGAGUACGACCAGGAACGAGCUCAAGCAACCGGGCUAUGGGCUUAUAUGAUGGUGGUGGGCCACCAGGACAAGGCGAGUCGAGACAACGGAGUAAGAGUGUUGCAGAUCCAUCUCGACAGUACACACACGACGGCCGACCAAUCUUGCACUUUGCUAAAGCACUGUACAUGUACCAAGCAGCGAUCCCGGAGGAGCUGGGCUUCUCCAAGGGAGACUUCCUUGCAGUGCUGCGGCAUCAAGACGACGGUUGGUGGGAAGCGGAGGAGGCUCUUAGCAAGGCAUCCCGAGCAGCUACCUCCAAGACGGCACAGCGAACUUUGGUGAACGUGACUCUCCUGAUAGGAACGUCACUCUUACUUCUGCCCCUCGCUGCCACCGCCUCUCUCCUCUUCUUCCGGAAUUAUCUGCCUGACCAGGUCGUGAGCGCACCGGUUCAUCUUCAGUAUGGCUCGGGGAUCAAUCCGUUUGGAAUAGCCACCAUACCAAGCUCCAGUCUGAGGACACAGCAGGAGUACGAUGUGUCUGUCACUAUAUCUCUGCCUCGCUCGCCAGCCAACACGCAUCGGGGCAACUUCAUGGUAGCUCUGUACCUGCUUGAUGCCGGUGCUCUGUCAACCGGCAACAGCCAAGUCCAGCCUCAAACCCCCCCAGAGCCUUACGGCCACUUCGACGGCAAAUCCAUUUUGUUUUCGUCACGACGGCCCACCCUCGUGCCGUAUCAGGACCCGUUGGUCUCACUGGCCUCUCGUGUCUUGUUCAUGGUUUACCACAUUCUCUUCUCGGACUCCCAGACAUGUGUGUUAACGGUGCCGAUGGCCGAACGCGUCCAGCUGGGCAAGGGCUCAUCCCUGCCGUCGUCGGCGUAUCUGGAGAUCCAGGGCGGCCAGAGCAUUGAAACGUACCACGCGUCAAUAACGCUCACGGCACAACUGCGCGGACUGCGCUGGCUGAUGUAUCAUUACCGAUUACCAACAUUGACCGCGGCGAUAAUUCUUUUCUGGUCAUCCGAAAUUUUAUUCAUGGCAGGAGCCUGGUUGGUCUGGACUGGACUUUCGGGCUCAAGUUCCAGGUUGGCCUCUGGACGCGGGGAAGACAACUCGAAACUUGGUAUGCGGCUCAAGAGAGAAGAGGGGAGCGGGGUGGAUGAGCUGUCAGAUGCGCCCCGGACUUUUCCUACCUAUGGAAACCAAGCACCGCUCAGAUACGAGCCCGAGGUCAAGGAAGAGCCACAGUCAGGUCUUCGGAUGGAGGACCUCGUCCCACUCGGAGGUGAAGCUGACGAUGAAGAAGAAGACGACGGACGGGCAAGUUUCAAGGGUGAUUCGGGCAUAGGGACAAGUUAUAGCGAGGGAGGAUCGGGUAGCGUUCGACGUAGGUCGUCCCACAACCGCUAG